AUGCAAGCUGAACCAGUUGAUGUGCUCAAAGCAUUAGAGUUUCAUACUUUGCCAGAAGGAAUAUCAAAAACAGCAGGAUUUUGCAUAAACAGAAGGAAUUCCAAAGGAUCAGAUGUUGCUUACAAAGUUUCAAAAACUGCACAGCUCAGUGCCCCAACCAAACAAUUGUAUCCAGGUGGAAACUUUCCUGAGCACUUUUCAAUACUCUUCACAGUAAAACCUAAAAAAGGAACCCAGUCCUUUCUUUUAUCUGUCUACAAUGAACAAGGCAUUCAGCAAGUCGGCAUUGAAGUUGGCAGAUCGCCUGUGUUCCUGUUCGAGGAUCAGCAUGGAAAGCCAUCUCCAGAAGAUUAUCCCCUUUUCAGAACAGUCAAUAUCGCUGACGGAAAGUGGCAUCGGGUAGCCAUUAGUGUGGAGAAGAGAUCUGUUACCAUGAUUGUGGACUGUAAGAAGAACAUCACGAAACCCCUGGGCAGGAGUGACAAAGCGGUUGUCGACACCAACGGCAUCACUGUCUUUGGAACAAGGAUCCUUGAUGAAGAAGUCUUUGAGGGUGAUAUCCAGCAGCUGUUGAUUGUUGGAGAUCCCAGAGCAGCAAAUGACUACUGUGAGCAUUAUAGCCCAGACUGUGAUUCCCCUGUGCCCAAUACACCUCAAGCUCAAGAACCGGAAAUUGAUGAGUACGCAACUGAAGAUUUAAUCGAAUAUGACUAUGAUUAUGGGGAUUUUAAAGAUUAUAAAGACCUUGAAACUGUAACAGAGGGACCCCCGCUAUACGACGAGACUAUAGCACAACCUGAGGCUAAUGUCAUUGAGGAAUAUCAUGAAUAUAAUGUGGCUGAAACUGACUAUGGAACCUCUGAGGGCUACCAGACAGCGACCCCCAGUCAAACAACAGGACCAAAUGAGCAAAUUCCCGGUGAAGAAGUAUUUGCUGAAGAAUACCUAACGGGAGAGGAAUAUAACUCAGAGACUAAAAAACCUGAGGAAACAGAUUAUGGAAGCAGAGGAGUUAACCCCAGUGAAUCUGAACUGGUGGUAGAUGGAGAUUUAGGCGAAUAUGAUUUUUAUGAAUAUAAAGAAUAUGAAGAGAAGCCAACCAACCCUACUAAUGAGGAGUUUGGGCCUGGUGUUCCAGCAGAGACUGAUAUGACAGAAGCAAGCGUGAAUGGCCACGUCGCUUAUGGGGAAAAAGGACAGAAGGGAGAAGCAGCUGUGAUUGAACCUGGUAUGCUUAUUGAAGGACCUCCAGGACCCCCAGGGCCUCCCGGUCUCAUGGGUCCCGCAGGUGCACAAGGCCCCAUUGGUCCUCCUGGUGACCCUGGUGACAGGGGUCCACCAGGGCGUCCAGGUCUUCCAGGUGCUGAUGGCUUAGCUGGGCCACCAGGUACCAUGUUAAUGUUGCCGUUCCGCUUUGGUGGAGGUGGUGAGAAGGGUCCAGCCGUCUCUGCUCAGGAAGCACAAGCUCAAGCUAUCCUUCAGCAAGCCAGGAUUGCCAUGAGGGGGCCACCUGGCCCCAUGGGACUUACUGGAAGACCUGGUCCUGUGGGUGGUCCCGGUGCUUCAGGUGCCAAAGGUGACAUUGGUGACCCAGGUCCUCAGGGCCCUCGAGGUAUACAAGGUCCUGCUGGCCUUCCUGGAAAACCUGGGAAAAGAGGUCGUCCAGGUGCAGAUGGAGCAAGAGGAAUGCCAGGGGAACCUGGCUCCAAGGGUGACAGGGGUUUUGACGGCCUCCCUGGUCUACCUGGUGAAAAAGGUCACAGGGGAGAUCGUGGACCACAGGGACCUCCUGGUGCUCCUGGUGAAGAUGGAAUGAGGGGAGAAGAUGGAGAGGUUGGACCAAGAGGCCUCCCAGGUGAAGCUGGUCAGCGAGGAUUACUGGGCCCAAGAGGAAGUCCCGGCCCACCAGGACAGCCUGGAAUCUCAGGUGUUGAUGGCCCACAGGGCCCAAAAGGAAACUUGGGCCCUCAAGGGGAACCGGGACCUCCUGGACAACAAGGAAUCCCUGGCCCACAAGGGCUUCCAGGUCCACAAGGCCCAAUUGGAGUUCCAGGUGAAAAAGGACCUCAGGGCAAGCCUGGCCUUGCCGGACUUCCAGGCACUGAUGGCCCUCCUGGUCAUCCAGGCAAAGAGGGCCAGUCUGGAGAGAAAGGUGCCAUGGGGCCUCCAGGUCCACAGGGUCCAAUUGGCUAUCCUGGCCCCAGAGGUGUAAAGGGUGCUGAUGGUGUUCGCGGUCUAAAGGGAGGCAAAGGUGAAAAGGGUGAAGAUGGUUUCCCUGGGUUUAAAGGCGACAUGGGUCUUAAAGGCGACAGAGGGGAAGUUGGUCCUCUUGGUCCUCGAGGAGAAGAUGGCCCAGAAGGUCCAAAAGGUCGUGCAGGCCCAACAGGAGACCAAGGUGGGCCUGGACAAGCUGGUGAAAAGGGUAAACUUGGUGUUCCAGGAUUGCCAGGAUAUCCCGGAAGACAAGGCCCUAAGGGUUCCACUGGGUUCCCUGGGUUCCCAGGUGCCAAUGGAGAGAAAGGUGCAAGGGGCUUGCAUGGCAAACCAGGCCCAAGGGGACAACGAGGACCAACAGGGCCACGUGGGUCAAGAGGCCCAAGGGGACCAACAGGAAAACCUGGACCAAAGGGCACUUCUGGCAGUGAUGGACCACCAGGCCCACCGGGUGAAAGGGGACCGCAAGGGCCUCAGGGGCCUGUUGGAUUCCCAGGACCAAAGGGACCACCUGGCCCACCUGGGAAAGAUGGCUUGCCCGGGCACCCAGGACAGCGGGGCGAAACGGGUUUUCAAGGCAAAACUGGACCACCAGGCCCUGGCGGUGUUGUCGGACCUCAGGGCCCUACCGGUGAAACUGGCCCAAUUGGCGAAAGAGGUCACCCUGGUCCCCCUGGUCCACCAGGUGAACAAGGUCUUCCAGGUGCUGCUGGAAAAGAAGGUGCUAAGGGUGAUCCAGGUCCUCAAGGCAUCUCUGGAAAAGAUGGUCCUCCAGGUCUUCGUGGUUUCCCAGGAGAAAGAGGCAUGCCUGGAGCUCAGGGUCCAGCUGGUCUGAAAGGAGGAGAAGGCCCGCAAGGCCCACCUGGUCCUCUUGGCUCACCGGGGGAACGUGGCCCAGCAGGUACUGCUGGUCCAAUUGGCUUACCUGGGCGUCCUGGCCCUCAAGGUCCCCCUGGGCCAGCAGGAGAAAAGGGAGCUCCGGGUGAAAAAGGUCCUCAAGGCCCAGCUGGACGUGAUGGAGUACAGGGACCUGUAGGUCUUCCAGGUCCUGCUGGUCCUGCUGGUUCUCCCGGAGAAGACGGUGACAAGGGUGAAAUUGGAGAACCAGGGCAGAAAGGAAGCAAAGGUGACAAGGGUGAAAAUGGUCCUCCUGGACCACCAGGUCUUCAAGGUCCCGUUGGCGCUCCUGGUAUAGCUGGGGGUGAUGGUGAGCCUGGACCAAGAGGGCAGCAAGGGAUGUUUGGACAGAAGGGUGAUGAAGGUCCACGAGGCUUCCCUGGUCCUCCAGGACCCAUUGGUCUUCAGGGUCUUCCUGGCCCUCCUGGUGAAAAGGGUGAAAAUGGUGAUGUUGGUCCAAUGGGUCCCCCUGGUCCCCCUGGUCCAAGAGGCCCGCAGGGUCCCAAUGGAGCUGAUGGUCCUCAAGGUCCCCCAGGUUCAGUUGGUUCUGUUGGAGGUGUUGGUGAGAAGGGUGAACCUGGAGAAGCUGGUAACCCUGGACCUCCUGGAGAAGCUGGCACAGGUGGUCCAAAAGGGGAAAGAGGUGAAAAAGGUGAGGCUGGACCACCAGGGGCAGCUGGACCUCCGGGUAUUAAAGGACCUCCAGGUGAUGAUGGACCUAAGGGGAAUCCAGGCCCUGUUGGCUUCCCUGGUGACCCUGGUCCCCCUGGUGAACCUGGCCCUGCUGGGACAGAUGGAGUUUCAGGAGAUAAGGGUGAAGAUGGUGACCCAGGCCAACCUGGGCCACCAGGUCCUUCAGGUGAAGCAGGACCCCCUGGGCCUCCUGGAAAGAGAGGGCCUCCAGGAGCAGCUGGUGCAGAAGGAAGGCAAGGUGAAAAAGGAGCCAAGGGUGAGCCUGGUGCAGAAGGAGCUCCAGGAAAAACAGGGCCCGUUGGACCCCAGGGUCCUGCAGGAAAACCUGGCCCAGAAGGUCUUCGGGGUAUUCCUGGUCCUGUGGGAGAACAAGGUCUACCUGGAGCCCCAGGUCAGGAUGGCCCACCAGGUCCCAUUGGUCCACCUGGCUUGCCCGGAUUGAAAGGUGAUCCAGGUUCCAAGGGAGAAAAGGGACAUCCUGGCUUGAUUGGCUUGAUUGGACCUCCAGGAGAGCAGGGAGAAAAAGGAGAUAGGGGUCUGCCUGGCCCACAGGGGUCUGCUGGAUCAAAAGGAGAUGGGGGAAUUCCUGGUCCUGCUGGCCCAGUUGGUCCUCCUGGGCCACCUGGUUUACCUGGCCCUCAAGGUCCCAAAGGCUCUAAAGGUUCAACAGGUCCUGGUGGUCAAAAGGGUGAUUCUGGUUUACCUGGACCUCCUGGGCCUCCUGGUCCUCCAGGUGAGGUUAUUCAGCCUUUGCCAAUCCAGUCUCCUAAAAAAACCAGAAGAUCGUCAGAUGCCAUGUUGUCCGAUGCUGUUGAUGGCAUCUUUGAUUACACUGAUGGCAUGGAAGAGAUAUUCGGUUCACUUAACUCUCUGAAGCAGGACAUUGAGCAUAUGAAAUAUCCAAUGGGGACUCAGAACAACCCAGCCCGAACCUGCAAAGAUCUACAGCUCUGUCACCCAGACUUCCCAGAUGGAGAGUAUUGGAUUGAUCCUAACCAGGGCUGUUCUGGGGACUCUUUCAAAGUGUACUGUAAUUUCACGACAGGCGGGGAAACUUGCAUCUACCCAGAUAAGAAGUCUGAAGGCGUAAGGAUCUCAUCGUGGCCAAAGGAAAAUCCAGGAACCUGGUUUAGUGAAUUUAAGAGAGGCAAGCUGCUCUCCUACGUGGAUGCCGAAGGCAAUUCCAUUAAUACAGUCCAAAUGACAUUCCUGAGACUACUGAGCGCCUCUGCUCGGCAGAACUUCACUUACAACUGCCAUCAGUCAGUGGCAUGGCACGAUGAGACUUCUGACAGCUAUGACAAAGCGCUAAGGUUCUUAGGCUCAAACGAUGAAGAGAUGUCUUAUGACAACAAUCCUUACAUCAAAGCCCUUCAUGAUGGCUGUGCAUCAAGAAAAGGCUAUGCAAAGACUGUUCUCGAAAUCAAUACUCCCAGAAUUGACCAAGUGCCUAUUUUUGAUGUGAUGAUCAAUGACUUUGGUGAUCAGAAUCAGAAGUUUGGAUUUGAAGUUGGUCCGGUCUGUUUCCUUGGUUAA